AUGCGCGCCGCCGUCUCCCUCGCGCGCGCCGCUCUCGCGCCAUCGACGUCCGCGCGCGCGCGCGACCGUUCGCGACGCGCCGCCGUCCCGCGCGCGGGCUCCGACGCGUCGUCGUCGUCGUCUUCGUCGUCGAACGACGUUCGCCUUCGCCUCGACCCCGAACCCGAUUCCGCGCUCGGUGCGCACGGCCUCGGCACGCACAAGAUCCAUCGCGGACGAAGAAUACUAGCGUUCGAACCCGCGCGCAAGUUCGUGUGGUUUUUAGCGCUGAGAGACGAGGAGGAAUGGCGGGACUGGUGCGCGAAUUCGAGACGCGGGGCGGUGUUCAUUCCUCGCGACCCCGCGGCGGCGUACGCGGACGACGGAUGGUGCGGUUGGGACGAUUGGCUCGGGCUGACGGUGGAUUUCGAAACGGCGCGAGCGUGGGCGAGAGAACAAGGGUUCGAGAGUCAACAGGAUUGGUGGUCGAAGACGGCGGCGCUGCCGCACAGAAUUCCCGAACGUCCCGCGCAGUUCUUUCGGAACAAGGGGUGGUCUGGAUACGGCGAUUUUUUGGGGUUGGACGCCGAGGAUGAUGAUAACGAAGGACAGAACGCGAGCGUCGACGAGCGAUGA